AUGUGGCUACUCGUGCUCGGGUAUCUCUUUGGCCUGAUUCUCAGCUCUGAGGCUCAGAUUCGCUGCGCCGGAAGCUCCACGUUUAGGCAGCCAGCCAACUCUGACAUCACGGUUAUAUGUGGAACUGAAAUAAUGGAGUUGAGCAUCUUGAUGUGUCCGAUCUACUUCAGUGGAUACAAUGAGUCGCUCAUGUCCCUCAACGCAAUGUUCAAUGUGGCAGCCUGCCAUGGGACGCCUGACUGGUCCGUCGACCCACCCAUCCUGAAAUUUAACUUCAGCAUUUCUGAAGAUUCCCUCACUGCCUGCUCCAACAAGAUAAAGAUCACACAGGAGGUUGGUUCAGGCCAGUUCUCUGACUUCUCCAGCAUUCAGUUUGUCAACGUGUCUGGGAUGAUAAACUCCUUGGAUCCCAGCGCGAACACAAUUACAUACCGUCAAGAAAUGAUGUACAUCUUUUCCUGCCGGUACCCUCUGCAGUACUUGGUCAACAAUACGCGGUUGGGUGUAUCUGGGGUGAGCCUGGCAGUGAAGGACAAUAACGGAAGUUUCAUUAGCACGCUGAGUAUGUCCUUGUUCGAGAACGUGGACUACACCAGGCAGCUGAAAAUGCCUGAUGGUGGGGUGAGGCUGAAGACGCGGAUCUUUGUGGAAGUGAAGGCGACGAAUCUCACAGAACGGUUCAACGUGUUGCUUGACCGCUGUUAUGCCACAACAAGCCCUGUCCCCAGCAACAGCACCCACUAUGACCUUUUUGUUGGGUGCACCAAGGACGGGCAGACCGUGAUGGGGACGAACGGCGGGGCCCAGUUUGCGCGCUUCUCCUUCGAGGCCUUCCGCUUCGUGCAGCACAAGAACGUGACCGUCUCCACCUUCUACCUCCACUGCGCCACCAGGCUGUGUGACAGAUCCGUCUGCAACAGCCUACAGCCGAACUGUUCAGCAAACAAGAGGAGAAAGAGAGAGGUUAACUCAGCUCAGGGAACAUCAGUCAGUGAUGUGGCCACAGUGACGUCUGGGCCUAUCAUCACCAAAGUGGACAACGGUGAGAGAACACAACCAAACACUGCCUCAAAAUACAACACUAAAACAUUCGCCAUACAGAAAGCCGAGGAGAACGGUGCUCUUGUGGGCGUGGCCAUCACCGCGGGGGUGCUGUGCGUCCUCUUCGUCUGCCUCAUCAUGUACAUCGUCCUCCGCCACAACUCCCGGAAGAAGUAA